UGUGGAAAUUAGUGGCUCCUUUGUAGAUUCUGCUGGCAUUAAUGAGUCAGGCUCCAAGAAACGUGUUAGGUCAGAAUCUUCCAGUCAGCCCGGCUCCAAAGCCUGCAGGGAAAAAAUGAGACGAGAUAAGUUGAAUAAUAGGUUCUUGGAGUUGGGAUCCAUUUUGGAGCCUGGAAAACCGCCGAAGAUGGACAAAGCAGCUAUCUUAAGUGAUGCUGUCCGCAUGGUGACUCAAUUACGCAGUGAAGCACAAAAGCUGAAAGAUUCAAAUGAGGAUCUGCAGGAGAAGAUCAAAGAAUUGAAGGCUGAGAAGAAUGAGCUUCGUGAUGAGAAACAGAGGCUGAAGGCAGAGAAAGAGAACCUGGAGCAGCAAAUAAAGAUCCUAAAUGCUCGGCCAAGCUUUGUAGCACACCCUCCUGUAAUUCCAGCGGCUUUUGCUCCACAAGGACAAACAGCAGCACACAAGCUGAUGAUGCCUGUCAUUGGCUACCCUGGAUUCCCUAUGUGGCAAUUCAUGCCGCCUGCGGAUGUUGAUACCUCACAGGAUGCUGAAUCGUGUCCUCCAGUUGCUUAAGACCAUUGAAUGCUACUUUGAUUAACUAAUUUCUCUAUCGAACUGCUUUGGCUUGUGUAAGACCCCAUUGCUUCAUUUCCAUUUCAGGCUUAGCUUAGCUUGUCAGUAGUAUAACCAUGAAUUGAAGUUGUUUGGAUUUCAGGUAAAUUGGAAACUAUCUAGUGGUUUAAUUGUAAAUUAUAAUAAUAAAAAAAAAAUCCAGCUUGACCAUUAGUAUCAAA